UUCCGGACCACCUGUAUGAUUCGAUCGUUGAACACACGCGAUCGCGAGCGCAAACAGGAUCCUUGUCUGUUAGUCGAAAACAAACUUUGUCAGUUGAAUUGUCCUAGCACUUCAUAAAGCUAGUGUGGCAAAAUGUUAGAGCCGCGCCAGAAUCGUUCUAGUGGAUGCUGGAAAAGGAAAACCCGCCUUGAAAAAUCCUUGAUCCCUUGUUGUUCGAUAUUGUGCGUUUUAACCGUGCUGCUUUUGAUUCUCUACAUUUUACAGACUCCAGAAUCUGACCCAAAGGAUAUCUGCACAUCCAAAUACUGCGUGAAAUCUUCCGCAGAACUUCUAGAUUAUGCGGAUUUCAAAGAGAACCCUUGUAAAGAUUUUUACAAAUACGUUUGCGGAUCUUUCUACAAACAUGCAGUUAAAAAACAAGCUACCACUCCCCUAGUCACCCUCACCGAAGAACUCGAGAAUGAAUUGAAAGCGAUAGUGGUCGAUCCUAUCGGCAAUAGGAAUCCACCAGCUCUUAUCUCUAUGAAGCAAUUUUACCAGCAAUGCAUGGACGAGAAAAAGAUCAACGGUGACCACAGCAAAACCUUCUUGAAGGCAGUCGAUGAGCUUGGCGGAUGGCCUUUGAUGAAAGGUGAUUCUUGGAAUGGGGCAAACUUCGAUUGGGUGGACUGGCAAAUAAAGGCCAGCAGGCUAGGCCUUCCAGUUUAUGGAUUUUUUACGUUCAGUCGUGUGAAAACGGAAGCUGGAGGCUCCAUACUGAAAGUCGCUGAACAUUCAAAUGAAGCCAAUUUCUAUGUUGCUGGCAGCCGUUACAACAGAAUCAUGUUAGAAGUUCUGGAAGAACUAGGGGUCGAAGAUAAAAAUGGAACUAUUGAAAAACAAAAUGGAGAAGUCAAUGAAUUCAUGCACCAAAUAGGAUUGCUUAGUAUACCCGAGACUAAAAAUCUUGAAGAGAAGACACUCAAGGACAUACAAGAGGAUUGCCCUUCAGUACCAUGGUUGAAGUUAAUGAAUUCGCUGGCAAAUGGACAAAUUAAAUUCGAUAAUGAAUCCAAAGUUGUUUAUGGUUCAAUUCAGCAUUACUGCGAUAAAUUGGAUGAUCUAAUAAAAAAAACAUCUCCAAGAACCGUUGCGAAUUAUUUCAUUUGGAGUCUUCUAGAUCAAACUUACAACUAUCUGAGUAUAAGGAAACUGUAUGCAGGAAUGGAUUAUGUAUCAUCAUCCAGAUUUGAAACUUGUUUCGAAGAUGUGGAGAAGAGGUUUCAAUAUGUGAAAGAGACUGUCUACAUCAGGAAGAAGACACCUAAAGUGGUUAGGGAUGAUUUAUCUGAAAUGAUCGAAAUUAUGAAAGAAGUAUUCAUCGAGCAUGUGAAAGCAAGUGAUUGGAUGGAUGCUAAAACCAAGGACCUUGCUGUGAAAAAAACUGAACAAAUCGAGAGUAUGAUUGGAGGAGAUGAUGAAAUGUACGAGCCUGAAUUUUUCGAAAAAGCUUUAGGAAUUGGAGAGUUUAAUUUCACUUCAGGUAAUAUGUUCGAAAUGUCCCAACAAAAAAGUUUAAGCGAAACAAAAUUUUUCUUCAAAACUUUGUAUCAGGACGAUGAUGAAGACUGGGAUGGUUUCUUCCAAAAUAUGAUGCAGGUCAACGCCUUUUUUGUACCACCCCUAAACGUCAUGAUUCUUCCCGCACCAAUUCUGAAUUCCAUCUUCUACGACUACCGAAAGCCGGCUUUCAUGAACUACGGUUCAAUAGGAAGAGUUAUAGGGCAUGAGAUUAUGCAUGGGUUUGAAAAAAGUGCACGGUAUGUUGUUGCAGGAUCAGGGACGAUCGAUUGGUGGACCAAUGAAACUGCUGAUGCUUACGAUAAGAAGGUUAAAUGCGUUGUGGAGAACUAUGAGAAGAUUCCCUUCCGUUAUAGGUUGAACGGUACCUUGACUCUCGACGAGAAUGUCUCAGAUUUCGUUGGCAUCGAUGUGGCCUACGAAGCAUACCUCAAAUAUGUCAAAAAGCAUGGCCCAGAAAAAGGUAUACCUGGAAUACCGCUCAAACCCGAACAGAUAUAUUGGAUACAAACUGGAACCUGGCUGUGCUUCAGGAAAUUAGACGACAGCGAUGUAGAUUAUGAGGAAGAAGACGAACACGCCAUUCCCGGUUUCAGAGUCCAAGGUGGAGCCAGAAAUUCCCUAUAUUUCGCCAAAGAUUUCAAUUGUCCUGAGGGGUCAUUCAUGAAUCCCGAGAAAAAGUGUCGUAUACUCUGAAUGUUGACAAGAUAUAUUUUUCAAUGAAUGUUUAACAUUUUAUAAGAAUUAUUGUGAUAAACCAAUUAAUGUUGAUGUUUAAUCCCUCUGCAUUCUCAAUCAAUGUUGCACUAACAUUCUUGCACAAUAAAGACUCAAAAAUUCGA